CGUUCCCGCCGCCAGGCAUCAGCAAUCCAUCCGUGCGGCGUGCGCAGCGGCGGUGGCGGCUCGGGACUCCUGCAGCGGGAACGGCGAGGUGGCCGCGCAAUGGCCGAGUCCUCGGACAGGCUUUACCGCGCCGAGUACGCCAAGAGCGGGCGCGCCUCUUGCAAGAAAUGCGGCGAGAGCAUCCCCAAGGACUCUCUCCGCAUGGCCAUCAUGGUGCAGUCACCCAUGUUCGAUGGCAAAGUCCCACACUGGUAUCACUUCUCUUGCUUCUGGAAAGUGGGCCACUCUAUCCAGCACCCUGAGGCCGAGGUGGAUGGCUUCUCUGAGCUGCGAUGGGACGACCAACAGAAAGUCAAGACUGCUGGAGGAGUGACAGGCAAAGGCCGGGAUGGAAUCAGCAGCAAGGUAGAGAAAACGCUGGGUGAAUUUGCUGCAGAGUAUGCCAAGUCCAACAGAAGCACAUGCCGGUGGUGCUGUCAGAAGAUAGAGAAGGGCCAGAUGCGCCUGUCCAAGAAGAUGCUAGACCCGGAGAAGCCACAGCUAGGCAUGAUUGACCGCUGGUACCACCCAGACUGCUUUGUCAAGAUUAGAGAGGAGCUGGAUUUCCAUCCUGAGUACAGUGCCAGCCAGUUAAAGGGCUUUAACCUUCUCACUGAAGAGGAUAAAGAAGCCCUGAAGAAGAAACUCCCAGGGAUCAAGAGUGAAGGAAAGAGAAAAGCUGAUGAGGUGGAUGGGACAGAUGCAGUGACCAAGAAGAAAUCUAAGAAGGAAAAGGACAAGGACAGUAAGCUGGAAAAAGCCCUCAAGGCCCAGAACGACCUGAUCUGGAAUAUCAAGGAUGAGCUAAAGAAAGCGUGUUCAACAAAUGACCUGAAAGAGUUGCUCAUCUUCAAUAAGCAGCAGGUGCCAUCUGGGGAGUCUGCGAUCUUGGACCGAGUGGCUGAUGGUGUGGCAUUUGGGGCCCUUCUUCCCUGUGAGGAGUGCUCAGGCCAGCUGGUCUUCAGGAGCGAUGCUUAUUACUGUACCGGUGACGUCACUGCUUGGACCAAGUGUAUGGUCAAGACACAGACACCUAGUCGAAAGGAGUGGAUGACCCCAAAGGAAUUCCGAGAAAUCUCUUACCUAAAGAAAUUAAAGGUCAAAAAGCAAGACCGGCUCUUUCCCCCAGAGACCAGCGCCCCCGAGGCUGUGAUGCCCCAAGCCUCCUCAGCCUUGAAGCCAGCUGCCAUGAACUCUGCUACAGCAGAUAAGCCCUUGUCUGACAUGAAGAUCCUGCUGCUUGGGAAACUCUCCCGGAACAAGGAUGAGGUGAAGGCUGAAGUUGAGAAGCUUGGGGGCAAGUUGACAGGGUCAGCCAACAAGGCCUCCCUGUGCAUCAGCACUAAGAAGGAGGUAGAAAAGAUGAGUAAGAAGAUGGAGGAAGUAAAAGAAGCCAACAUCCGUGUUGUGUCUGAGGAUUUCCUCCAUGAUGUCUCCGCUUCAACCAAGGCCCUGCAGGAGCUGUUCUCAGUGCACAUCUUGUCCCCUUGGGGGUUAGAGGUGAAGGAAGAGCCUGUCGAAGUAGAGGCUCCAAAGGGGAAGUCAAGGGCUGUGCUCCCGAAGAAAAGCAAGGGCACCACCAAGGAGGAAGGUAUCAAGUCUGAAAAAAGAAUGAAACUAACUCUUAAAGGAGGAGCAGCUGUGGAUCCUGACUCUGGUCUGGAACACUCAGCUCAUGUUCUGGAGAAGGGCGGGAAGGUUUUCAGUGCAACCCUCGGCCUGGUAGACAUUGUCAAAGGGACCAACUCCUACUACAAGCUGCAGCUUCUGGAGGAUGACAAGGAAAGCAGGUACUGGAUAUUCAGGUCCUGGGGCCGUGUGGGCACCGUGAUUGGUAGCAGCAAACUGGAGAAGAUGCCAUCCAAGGAGGAUGCGAUUGAGAAUUUUAUGAAAUUAUAUGAAGAAAAGACCGGGAAUGCCUGGCACUCCAAAAACUUCACAAAGUAUCCCAAAAAGUUCUACCCUCUGGAGAUUGACUAUGGCCAGGAUGAAGAAGCAGUGAAGAAGCUGACAGUAAACCCUGGCACCAAAUCCAAGCUCCCUAAGCCGGUGCAGGAGCUCAUUAAGAUGAUCUUUGAUGUGGAAAGUAUGAAGAAAGCUAUGGUGGAGUACGAGAUCGACCUUCAGAAGAUGCCCUUGGGGAAGCUGAGCAAAAGACAGAUCCAGGCUGCGUAUGCCAUCCUCAGUGAUGUCCAGCAGGUACUGUCCCAAGGCAGCAGCGACUCCCAGAUUCUGGAUCUUUCAAAUCGCUUCUACACUCUGAUUCCACAUGAUUUUGGGAUGAAGAAGCCUCCACUGUUGAACAACGCAGACAGUGUACAGGCCAAGGUGGAAAUGCUGGACAACCUCCUGGACAUCGAGGUGGCCUAUAGUCUGCUACUGGGUGGGUCUGAUGACAGUAGCAAGGACCCUAUCGAUGUCAACUAUGAGAAGCUUAAAACUGAUAUUAAGGUGGUUGACAAAGAUUCUGAAGAAGCUGAGAUCAUCAGGAAGUAUGUGAAGAACACACAUGCAACCACACACAAUGCAUAUGACUUGCAGGUGGUCGAAAUCUUUAAGAUAGCACGGGAAGGGGAGAGCCAGCGCUACAAGCCCUUUAAGCAGCUUCACAACCGCAAAUUGCUGUGGCAUGGAUCCAGGACCACCAACUUUGCUGGAAUCCUGUCCCAGGGCCUGCGAAUUGCCCCACCUGAAGCGCCUGUGACAGGCUACAUGUUUGGGAAAGGCAUCUACUUUGCUGACAUGGUCUCCAAGAGUGCCAACUACUGCCACACAUCUCAGGGAGACCAAAUAGGCUUAAUCCUGUUGGGAGAGGUCGCCCUUGGAAACAUGUAUGAACUGAAGCAUGCUUCUCACAUCAGCAAGUUACCCAAGGGCAAGCACAGCGUCAAAGGUUUGGGAAAAACAACCCCUGACCCCUCAGCUAGUAUUACUCUGCAAGGAGUUGAGGUUCCCCUUGGCACAGGGAUCUCAUCGGGUGUUAACGACACCUGCCUGCUGUACAAUGAGUACAUCGUCUACGAUAUUGCUCAGGUGAAUCUGAAGUAUCUGCUGAAACUAAAGUUCAACUUUAAGAUGUCCAUGUGGUGAACUCAGCUGUAGCAGAGCUUUGCCCCAGGACUCCAGCUCCAGGGCCCAUGGUGUCCUCAUGUGUGAGCUUGCACAGACCUCAACUGAUUGCUGAUGGCCAUUACCUUUACUCAGUCUCAGUAGAGAGGAUUUUACAUGAACAGAUUAAAAGGUUCCUCCUGUUGUAGAUGAUGGGGGUGGGGUGGGGUGGGGUGGGGUACUCUGCCAGGGAAAGUCCUAGCUGACAACACCUGAGGAAAAGUUGGGAAAGGUGUUUGUUCACUGUGUUCACCUAGACUAGUCCUUUGGAGAAGCCAAGUCACAUUACAGCCCCUGCCUUACUGGUUUCCCAGAGAGGGAAAUGUGCUUCCACUCUUUUUCUAAGUGUUUGUUUUUAGUUUUGAUAUUGGCAAAAUGUUAAACAUUUAUUUUGAGCUAAAAAUAAAAACUAAUUUCAUACUAUUUAGAUUUUCUUCAUCUUGUACUUAUUGUCCUCUUUUUAGUUUUGGGAUCAUGUUAUUUUGCCUUUCAGUGAUAAAUAAUGGGGAGACUAAAAGGAGAAACAUGGAUUUCUCUUAGGAAACGAGAGCUUUCUUCCUUUUCUAGAAAUACUUGACCAUGGAAGCUCUCUGAAUGUGUAACAUACUAAAUUAAAAGUUGUACUUGGAAUUCUUGACUUACCUAUGAGCAGUUAUUUGUCUUCUAGAUUAAAAUCAUCUAUAAUCACCAAUGUAGCUACCCAAGGGCUGAUGGCCAUUCUCCAUUAAA